UCCAGUAGUUGGAGUUCUAAACCUAGCCCAAGAGAGGGAGCGCAAGGAGUGAGCUAACAGAACUAGAAACUAUAGGUGCAUUUUUACUCUAUCGAACAUCGCUUUUGAAAGACUGUCACUUUUACUGACCUGGAGCCAUCUUUCCAGCCUUUUUAGUAUAACGCCCUCGAUCCCCGUCUGAAAACUCACACACGGUCGUGUCAGCUGGCAUGAGCUAACCCACCAGACAUGGAAACCAAACCUUUCAUGUCAUUGGGGUUCCUAAAGCCCCAGUGCUCGCUGGCUCCGCCCCCCCAGCGAGGACGCUCGGGGGAGGCCUGCUCCUGUUUCACCGGCAUGUGUCACCUCCACCACCCCCGGAUAUCUACAGGUAACACUCAACGCCAUCUCCACAUCCCCUCGCCAUCUUCCCCGUCAUGGCAGACUCCGCACCUGGGAAGACACCUGUAUCAAAUAAAUUCAUCAGGUCAGGUGACCUCAUCUCCACUGAGCUCUCCCACGUCACACCGGGGCAUGCACCCAUCCCUGCUCAACCCUUCCUCCAUGGGGCCCUCAGGCUCCUUGCACUCUCCCAUCAGCACCCUGAGUUCUCCCAUGAACGGCCUGGGCUCGCCCUUUUCUGUCAUCAACUCCCCCAUGGGCCCACACUCCAUGUCCUCGCCCGGCAUGGGCUACGGCCCCAGUGUCAGCCCCCAGAUGUUCCAGCUGAACUCCCAGAUGAACUCGGUCAGCAGCUCGGAGGACAUCAAACCCCCGCUGGGUCUCAACGGGGUGAUGAAGGUGCCCGCCCAGCCCUCGCCGGGGUGCAUGCCUCUCUCCCUCACCAAACACAUCUGUGCCAUCUGCGGAGACCGCUCCUCAGGUAAACAUUAUGGAGUGUACAGCUGUGAGGGCUGUAAAGGCUUCUUCAAGAGGACAGUGCGGAAGGACCUGACCUAUACCUGCCGGGACAACAAGGACUGUCUGAUCGACAAGCGCCAGCGCAACCGCUGCCAGUACUGUCGCUACCAGAAGUGUCUGGCCUGUGGAAUGAAGAGAGAAGUUUUGUUACACACAGCCGUCCAGGAGGAGCGCCAGCGGGCCAAAGAGCGCAGCGAGAACGAGGUGGAGUCCACCAGCGGCGUCAACGAGGACAUGCCCGUGGAGAAGAUCCUGGAGGCCGAGCUCGCUGUGGAACCCAAGACCGAGACCUACACCGAGACCAACCUGGGCAUGCCAUCCAACUCGCCCAACGACCCGGUGACUAACAUCUGCCAAGCAGCCGACAAGCAGCUCUUUACACUGGUGGAGUGGGCCAAGAGGAUCCCCCACUUCUCUGAGCUGCCCCUGGACGACCAGGUCAUCCUCCUACGAGCAGGCUGGAAUGAGCUCCUCAUCGCAUCCUUCUCACACCGUUCGAUAGCGGUGAAAGAUGGGAUCCUCCUGGCAACAGGGCUACACGUCCAUCGUAACAGCGCCCACAGUGCUGGAGUGGGAGCCAUCUUUGACAGAGUGCUCACAGAACUGGUGUCCAAGAUGAGAGACAUGCAGAUGGAUAAGACAGAGCUGGGGUGCCUUCGAGCCAUUGUCCUCUUCAACCCAGAUUCUAAAGGCUUGUCAAACCCAGGCGAGGUGGAGGCUUUGAGAGAGAAGGUCUACGCCUCUCUGGAGGCAUACUGCAAACAGAAAUACCCAGAUCAGCCUGGCAGGUUUGCCAAGCUGUUGCUGCGGUUACCAGCCCUGCGAUCCAUUGGUCUGAAGUGUCUGGAGCACCUGUUCUUUUUCAAGCUCAUCGGGGACACGCCCAUCGACACCUUCCUCAUGGAGAUGCUAGAGGCGCCCCACCAAAUGACAUAACUGCAGGCGGGGCGUCGCCCAUGUUCCCCUCUCCCCCUCCGCCUCUAACCCCUCUGGAUACGGAGGGUGGUCCUGCAAACCACUCCCCCUCGAGAGAUUAUGCGACAUCAUUGGAUCUAGAGAAGUCCCCUCUCUUUGAUGUGUUUCAAAAAACAAGUUAAAUGUCCAUGGGUCUGUUUUAUACACUGUAUAUAUAUAUAUAUAUAUAUAUAUAUAUAUAUAUAUAUAUAUAUCUAUAUAUAUAUAUGAACUCAUGAGAUGAAUUGAAAGACAACAAUGGACUGGUGAUGAAACGGACCAAGGAGAAAGGAAGUGUUUUAAGCCAUUGUUUUGUAAUGUGAAACAACCACCAAGAAGAUCAGGUGUUGAAGGUAGGUCUGUUUGCAGGUGUAUUUUGAAUUGCGGCGGUUUCAUCAGCGGCGUAGGUUUUGGGAGAAUCGUGUUUUGGACUUGUUGAAGAGAGCCGGGACUGCAUGGGCUGUCCCUGGCUCUGUUCGGAAGCGUCUCACUUUCAGGACUAACUUAAGGGAGAUUGGUCCGUUUGCAGGGGGGAGGAACGAGGCAAGGUCUUGUCCGGUCCAAUUCGUUCAGGUGCUGUGGAGUUUAAUCCGGUCAGGUCCGGUUGGGUCUGUUUUGAGGUGUACUGUAUGUGUUUUGGGAGAGAAGGACUCAAGAGGUGGGACCAUGCAGAUGAACAGUGCUCCACUCAGGUCCCUCAACCCAAACUCAGCCGCUUCUCCAUGUCUCCUUAUUCUAUUAGCACUGUGUGAACAUGAGAGGAGGGAUGCUACGUCGCUACAUCGGUCCAGUUUUCAGAGGCUCAGAUAGCUUUAGUGACUGAUUGGAGUGAACGCCUGCAGUGUGGCGUCUUAGGCCCAGAGCUGGGUUACCUUCAUGUGGCCUGAAAAAGCUUAUCUCUGGCACUACUCAUUCUGUUGUACUGUACUGACAUUAGGGGCAGUGUGAAUCUGGAUUCACCCUCACAUAAGCCCUAUACUACAUGUGCAUUGCUGUGUGCUCUGGAAGGUUGGCACAGGAAGGCAAGGAAAGCAAACAGAUGAGAGUUCUCAUCGCUCUACUACAAGCAUUGUUCCUUUUUCCUGUUAAGGUGACAACAACAUUACGAAGAACAGGACAAAUGGUUUGUAGGGAAAUACAGUCAACUGAUCUGAAAGUUUUAAAUUGAUGCCACGACUUUGUCAUGUGUCCCUCCACCUCUGAGACCAUUCGUUUCUGCUCCUUCUGUGAAUUACAACACACCAUAAUCAACCUCCACACAGCAACCAAGCAUGCUGUUCCUCACAGUGUAACCUAGCUUUAGAAUGGCCUUUGACCUGUACAGGAUAUUUCAAAAGUAUUGAUGGUAUUUGUUAAAAUAUAUAUAUAUUUAGCAAAAUUUGCAAUUACCUCUGUUUUCAUCCCUCAAACUCUGUUCUCUACCCCCCCCAUGUCAAACAGCCCCAUGUCAAACAGUUCAUGGGAGAAGUGCUUCAAUGAAGUCAUGUUUAUGGUGUGAUGUUCUCUCAUUUGGAUUGUGGAGCCCAUGCUCCUCCAUUGCAAACUUUGGCCCAGACCGUCCACUCUGACAGGAGGAUGUAGGCCUGGUGAAGAGAAACAGAGACCCUUGCCUGCUCUACUGCCCAGCCUCCCCUCACCCUCAGAGGAAUCCACACCCUGCACUUCUCUGGACAACCCAGUUUCAUUUAAGUCAAACUGAAAUGUUAAAUAUGUAACAUUAUGUAUAAAUCUGCUAUAUGCCCAUAUUGCGCAUUUUGUUCUUUCUAUGCUGCAGCUGCUGCAUAACUAUGCAUCAAGCAUUUCUCCAAAGAUUGUCCAGAGAUAGUGCGGUUUCGUUGUUAUUAUAAAGGGGUGGUUAAACCCUGUCCCGAAGGACAGCAGACUGCUUUGGAUUAACCAUCAACUCUAGCAGAGCUCCAGGACCAAGUUCAUCAGCCCCACAUGAUAGCAGACUAGAGAGAGCUAGAGAGACUUAAACAGAGGAGGGGUUGACCAGCGAGAAUAGGGAACUUGGUGGCUGUAGGAGGGCUGUGACUUCCCCCUAGUGGAAGAGAUGCACAACUGCUACAUUACUUGAAUUUUGUACAAGUAUUUAAUCAGAAAAGGCACUUUUUCAUGACAUUAUCAAUAUUCAUUUUCCUCUUUGGUCAGACAAAACCUCAAUUGAAUAAGUAGCAAUAACCACAGCAGGAUUGAUUGACAAGUCCUGAGUCCAAAUCUAGUUCAUGUAUUUUAGUGAGGUGGAUGAAUUUUCAUUAGGUCUUAUUUCAAACUAUUCAGGAAACAGAUAAAUUACUGUUCAGGCCAAUUCUGUCUAAACAGUAUUUUUAUCUGGUCUAAAUGGUAAUUGUCAGUCAGGAAAAAACUACUGAAAAUGAAUUGGCUCAUUGUUCAAAUGAUUCCAACUUAAAGCACUAGUAGAGGUAGUUCUCUGGAACAUGAGGUCAAAUCAGACUGGCACCCCAAAUAAAAGUUCAGAAAAAUAACCACAUUUUGAUGAUUAUCCAACUUUUUAAAAAAUGUACACCUAAUCUCCUCUCUUGCGUAUGAUCUCUCCUUUUCUGAGCUUGAUUGGGUUCAUGUGAUUUAAGCCCCAGGUAUAUAUAUAGUGUAUGUAAAAGCCAUACUCAGAUGUGCAAGCUCACUCCCUCCUGCAGGAAAUGGACUGAUAUGAUUACUUAGGUAGAAUAAAUAGCUUAGAAAAAUGCUUUAUAAACCAUAAAGCUCUAUUUUGUCUAUAUGUAUAUGUGUAUAUAUUUAUAAAUAUAUAUAAAUCCCUUCCGUACAUUUGUCCAGUCAAUUUUAGCAAGAGGGAGACAACUAUUUCAGUUGAAACUAUUCUGAGCCAGGAAAGAUUCCAUCGUGUUAUACGCAGUAGUUUUUUGGUGUAAAAAAAAUGUAAUCUGAGUUCUACCUUGAUUCUCUAAAAGUCAACCAGCAGAAUACCAGCAGCUCAAAGCCCUAAGAGAAGGUCCCUUGCCAGCUAACAGCAGUUAUAUAUGCGACCUGAAAACAGCAAAAAACCUGGUUAAUACACUCAAAAUACACAAAAAGCCCUCCAAAAUGAAUUGUUGCUAAGCUACUUGUACAUUCAACAAUGUUAUCAGGAGAUGCUGACCUCAUGACACGAUCACUGCUUUCUUUGUUCCAUAAACAGUCAAAAGUAAUGGGGGAGAAAAACACAAAAAAUAUAUUUUUGUACAAAUGUAAUUUCAUCCCUUGCUUAUGUACCCUGUUCCCCCCCCCCCCCCCCCCUUUUCCUCAUGUGGGCUGUUGUAUACAUUGUUUUGAGUUAAUGUUGAUUUGAAAUGGGGCAGGAAAAAAAAUCUGACCAUGUAUGGUCAGGGUGAGGAGCGGUUGGCAAUGACACCCUGAUAACUGUCAUCUAUACUUUGUGGCUUUUUUGGCCUAUCGUUACAAGAUGGGAUUGUCCUCUUUUAGAUUGUUUAUUUUUAGGGAGAUGGAAAAAAGCAUCUGUUCUUUGUGGGUUGUUAUCGGAUGUUCUUUCAUGGAAAGAAAAAAAUAAAACAAAUCUCUAAUUAAACUUU